CAUUCAUACAGAUUAGUAAAUACACUUUUUUUUAAUAGAGUACGGUCUAAGACCUGCUCUAUAUAUAAAGCGUCUCGAGAUAACUUCUGUUAUGAUUUGACGCUAUACAAAAAUAAAUUGAAUUGAAUCAAAUUGAAUUGAACUUUUAAACAAAUUUAUUUAUCCCUAUUUUUAUUGUAUUAAUUAAAUGCUUUAUCACUAUUUUCCGUGACACUCGUGGUCCUCCGUACCCUAUAAGUUUGAUAGGCUAUGUGCUAAUGUAGUCUACUUUACAUACCUUUUUAUUGGUUCAUGAAUGCCUCACAGCUCUAUACACUUCCUCAACUAAAGAAAUAUCAGACUACUUUGAAACAAAAAUGUAGACUUUUAAAUUGUAGCCUGUGGCUUUGUUUUUUGGACUCUCAUGUGCGUUUGGGAGCGUCCACAUUUCCGACAGCACCUCAAGGCGACACAGCCCUGAAGAGCCUCCUCCUCCUCUCCUCCUCUUCCUCCUCCUCCUCUCAGUCAGCUCUCUGUAUUUCACCUGCGCUCUCUCUCUGUGGCUGCACACUUUGGUAUGUUUCGGACUUUCCAAGCCUCUCCCAAACAACACAGUCAUAUCUGCUGGCUACAGGCCUGAGAUACAUUAGAACAGCUCGGACCGACAACAACUCCUCAUUCCUUGAAGCUCUCCAGAGGUUUCCAGACGUUUUCUCAAAGGUUUCCAGAGGUUUCCACGUUGUUAAUAAUAAGGAUGGAUCCCUCUUCUGCUGCUGCUGCUGUGUUCCUGUUGCUGUCUGUUGUGUGCGUCGGGACUCUUCCUCAAGGGUUGGGUACGACAAGUCUGACUGCCACAUAUGGAGAGGUCAUCGUUAUACCAUGCAACGGUGGAGCUCCAUUACCACAGGAUCUGAUGUUCGUCAAAUGGAAAUACGAAAAAGAUGAUGGCAAUGCUGGCGAUCUGUUGAUCAAACAGGUCAGCCAGGACCAGGCCACCAUUCAGGCCACCGACGAUUAUGCCCAGCGGGUCAGCAUCGAUGACGAGUCCAGCCUGCGCAUCACGCAGGGCUCACUCAAAGACCAGAAAACCUUCACCUGCAUGGUGGUGUCAGGCUCCAACCUCAUGGAGUACCCCGUCUCUGUCGUCGUUCACAAAAAACCGACCUCAGUCCAGAUUAUGGACAAGUCUGCAGUGUUGCAGAAGGACAAAGCAACAACGGUGGGAACAUGCGUCGCGGCAGAUGCCAACCCCUCAGCUACGAUCACGUGGAAAAAGGAUGGAAAGCUCUUGGUAGCCGACGGGAAAGCUGUUGUGAUCACCCCCAGUAUAAAGAUGGAUCCAGCCACGGGCCUUUCCACCACCUCCUCCACCCUCAUGUACGCAGCUUCUAAGGAGGACGACGCUGCAGUCUUUACCUGCGUGUCCACUCAUGAGCUGACCAGUCAGGACACCGACCUGGAGCCCUUCCCCAUUCACUAUCCGUCGGAGAAGGUGAGCCUCCAAAUUCUGUCCAAGGGUCCCGUCAUAGAAGGAGAUAACGUGACAUUGAAGUGUUUCGCUGAUGGAAACCCUCCACCUACCUCCUUCUUCUUCCACAUCAAGGGCCAGAAAAUGCCGGUGGAAAAUUCGGACACCUACACUUUGACUGAUAUCGGCAGAGAUGCGGGGGGUGAAUACAAAUGCUCCCUGGCUGACAACGAGAAAAUGGAGGCCUCCGAAAACAUUGUUGUUAGCUACCUGGACCUGAGUCUGACUCCCACUGGGGAGGUUGUGAAGACAUUAGGGCACAACUUGUCUGUGAAGAUGGAGAAGAGCGCCUCGGGUGACGCUGAAGUGACAUGGACGAAGGAUGGAAUGGCAACGAAGGAGCCGGUGUUUAGCGAGUUGACCUAUGCUGAUGCAGGAGUCUACGAGUGUCAGGUUUCCAUAACCGGCAUCACGCGACGUCAGAGCUUUGAACUGGUCGUAGAAGGAAAGCCUGUGAUCACCAGUCUAAACGAGCAUCGUGCUGGUGAUAACAAAGUUCUGACAUGCGUGGCUGAGGGAGUCCCAGAACCCACCUUCCAAUGGAGCGUCAAUGGCACAAACGAGGAGAGCUCCUACGCCAAUGGCAAGGCCACCUGUAAGAUCACGGUGGUCCCUAAGGUGAAUCAGACUGUCACCUGCAGCGCCAUCAACAUGCUGGGAGAAGAUACCAAGACCAUCAAUGUAGCCUCUGUUUUUAAGGAACCUGAAAAGGGGGAAAAAGGCACUGACGCGGAGUCGGAGGACCAGGCCCCGCUCAUAGUGGGACUCGUGGUAGGGCUCCUCUUAAUCGCUGGCAUCGUGGGACUCAUCUACUGGCUGUACAUGAAGAAUUCAAGACAAGGAAGCUGGAAAACUGGUGAGAAGGAGGUUGGAACAUCUGAGGAGAGCAAGAAACUAGAGGAGAACAAUCACACUGUUUAAAGGCUGUACUACAUUGGAUGAAAGAGAAGCAGUUGAAAGCAGCCAUGCAACAUUGAAAACACAGACUCCCAGUCGGCUGCUGACACGCAUCAGGCACCCAUCAGGCUCCACAUAAGGAGCAACGACCAGUGUAAUUUUCCACCAAGGCCUGCCCACAGCCUGCUGUCCCACCUCACUGUUUGAAGUCAGUCGUGUUACUGUUUUAUUUUGUGUUCUUGUGUUCCUGGUGAAUGCUCCCUGUUAAGUUUUGUUUGAGCAAUUCCACUCAGGCUGUGUGGUGUUUUUUUUUUUUUUUUUUUGCUGCUUUUUUCUUCCUUUAGGAUUUUUUUUGUUUGUUCUUGAAUUUAUUCAAAGAAUGUAAAUCCCUUGUACACUUUUUAAGGCCUGUAUAACAAAUCACAAUUAUGCGUGCGCCCUGUCUGAGCAUGCCAAUGUUAGUUCUUAUUGUUUGUUUUUUACUUUUUUGUGCGAUGUGUGUGGAAAAAAGCCUUUGUUUGGCUGUGCUCAGAGAAAAAUACACUUUACUGCUGUAUAACCCUACAACCAGGUCUCACUCCAAGCUCGUCCAAUACUGCCCAUUGGGCAGCGCCCCUCGUCAUCGGAAACCGACGCACAGAGGCAACCUUUAUCGACAGUAUAUGACGAGCCAGGCUUUCAACUUCAACUUAAAUCCCCCCGCGGCGUUAUUCGACGGUCGGAGCAAGUCACGUAGUAUUAAUAGCGUGAGAGUCCACUCAUUGGUGGAUAGGUCAAACAAACACAAGACAUUUAACCGGGAGACCGCUGUUUGUGUCCCGUGUGGAACUAAAGGUAACGUCAUGUCAGUCUUUAGUCACGUGACUUGUUGGUAUCGUCAGUCCCCUGAGUCGCUAGUCAGUGAAGUUGACUUCAACCACGACCGUUUCCUAAACCUAAGUUAAUUUUGAAAGGUCACUAUGCAUGUAAUGAGCGUAUAUUGAUCGGCUGUCCUCGGUCCAUACAAACGUGAUGCAAAGGUGCGUCGGCGUCCGAUGCCGAGGGGCACUGACCAAGCGGCGGUAUUUGACGAGUUGGGAGUGAGAAUGUGUUGAACCCUACUGAAACUUUAAGAUAACCUCAACAUCUCUUAACCUCUUCACUUUUGUUCUCUAGUUUUCUGGUAAAUAGAUUGUCUAGUUGAUGGAUGCCACUGCAGAAAGAGUCAUAGUUAUAAUCAUGAUAAUAAAUAAGGAGCUGGAUUUACUAAGAAUGAUUUCUAUAUGUACAUGCAGUUUUGUAACUGUGACCCCCCCCUCAAAAAAAAGCUUACUGUGUUUAAAAUUACAUUUGUGCAGAGGUAAAUUGGACAUUUGCAAAUGGCACAUUAUGACACACUCAACCACUAAUAAGUUGUUUUUGUAAAUUACCGUUAAUUUUCCCCUCUUUUUGUUAGUCUCAAAGGAGACUUUUGAAUUCCUUUAUGUUACAAAUAGUUUUAUCUGAAAAGGCAAAAAGAAAUGAAAAGGCAAGAAGUCCUCAGAAAAGUACAACAACUUGUAAGAAAUGCAAAAGUAUGUUCUGCCAUAAUGUUUUUAUUUUAUUUUUAUUUUUUUUAAGUUCAUACUAAAACGAGUUUGUUCACCUGUGAUUUAGUUUAAUACACUACAUUGUCGUCUUCAUGUCAUCUGUCUGCUCGACAGAUCCAUUUUCUUUUUCACGCUUUCAUUUUUGGAAGAGCUUUACUUUAUGCCAGGUCUGAAAUCUGUUUUUGUGUUUUUGAUGUAUUUAUAUUCUGUGUGCAACCUCCCUGGAUGGCAAUGCUGCAGCAUGCAAGAACAUUCUUGUUUUAAGCUUACGUGGAAGGCAUCGAGUGUUGGAAAGGUACUAUGUAGUAGGAGUGUUACAUGAGAGUGAAUAAGAAUAAGGCUAUGCAGUAUCUGUGCUUAGUCUCUGCUGUAUCAUUAUUAUUAUGAUGUCAUUUUUAGCUCAGUGGUGUGAAGGAUAACCCUUACUGAAGACUGUGGUUGAGAUUGGGAGAUUAGAUGAGGUGCAUAAAGAUGGUAGCUGUCUGGGUUUAUACCAUUUUGCACAUAAUGCAACACCCCAGUGACCUGCCGAGGAAACAUGGUUGUUAAGACAGUUUGAGAGGAAUCAUACACUUAGUUAACAUGUAUAAUUCAGUUCACUUCAUGUAAACUUCUUGAAUACAUUUACACACUGGAUGUAUGAUGCAAGUUGUUCUGAUAAAUAAUAAAGAAGCAUCAACCUUUCACCUCAACUAUUUGCUAAUGUUUCUGAGAAUACCAGUGGCUUAGGACUGUUGCCAGUAGUCAGAUUUGUAAGAAGUCUGAGUCAUCAUCUGGCAACAACUUCUGUUUGUAGACUGCAAUGAUUUUCAGCACCUGGCAAGAAAGUAAAAAUCACAGUAUUUAAAGUUGACGUCAAGAGCUUCAGAUGCAGAUAAUGUUGGUUGAUCAUAAAAUAUUGAAUGUUAACUUGAAGGAACCAUGAACCAGUUGAUUGUCUCUUGGAUGCCAGUUCUCCAAACUGAAUUAAAGAGAUGACAUUUCAUUUGCUUAUAUUUUUUUUAAAAACAAUGUGUAGAAAAUACCAAUACAGAGCACUUUCCCACCUAGCAUCCUCAAAAAUGACAGCGAUGUGUAAUCGUGUUGUGGGAUGGUUGCGAUCAACAUUUUCAGUACCUAAGUCCGUUGUUUUCUCAUGCCUUUUCAAAUAAUCAGGUCAGCAGUGAAACCAAAGAUGGUAAGAUGAGAAGGCCAUAGUAGUGUUGUAAAUACAGACUUUUGUUUUUGUACUGCUGUUGACAAUAAAGUGUACAUUUUGAAACAAAAA